CUGGGAGAAGCAGCCAGAGAAGCGGGCGGGGCAGCCGAGUGAAGGCCACCCGGAGGCAGCACCCACAGGUCAAUGUGGAGGUGUUGCCGUGUCUGCGCCGCCAUGCUUAGUCUCAAGCUGCCGCAACUCCUUCAAGUCCACCAAGUCCCCCGGGUGUUCUGGGAAGAUGGCAUAAUGUCUGGCUACCGUCGCCCCACCAGCUCAGCCUUGGACUGUGUCCUCAGCAUCUUCCAGAUGACCAACGAGACAGUCAACAUCUGGACUCACUUCCUGCCCACCUGGUACUUCCUGUGGCGGCUCCUGGCGCUGGCAGGGAUCCCGGGCUUCUGCGCGGAGCCGUACCACUGGCCGCUGCUGGUCUUCCUGCUGCCUGCCUGCCUGUACCCCUUCGCGUCGUGCUGCGCGCACACCUUCAGCUCCAUGUCGCCCCGCGCGCGACACAUCUGCUACUUUCUGGAUUACGGCGCGCUCAGCCUCUACAGCCUGGGUGAGCCGGACAGCGGCGGGCGGGCGGCGGGCGGCGGCGGGUUUGAUUUCUGA